CUUGUAUAACGCAGCAGCUGUCCACUCCAGGUUGAACCAGUUGGACAAAGCCAGAGACAUCCUGCUCUCAGCCUCCCAGGAGAAAUGAGGAGGGGGGCGAGGACUGAACGUGGAGGUGGCUUUACACAGUAUCUCUAAGGGAGAGGUGCUGCCCGUCCUCCUGGUGCCAGAGGGAGAGGUGUUCCGGCCCAGGAAACAGGACGUAGAACAGCUGGGACAGAGAGACUUCCUGGGCAAACCAAUGGUUAAGUAAAACCACACCACACUGAUGUACACAGGCACAGUAACAUAGAGUACAUCCCAAAUGGCACCUUAUUCCUUAUAUAGUGUUCUACUUUUGAUCAGGGCCCUAUGGGAUCUGGUCAAAAGUAAUGCACUAUGUAGGUAACAGGGUGCCAUUGGGGACAUAUUUAUAGUGACAUAUCGCUGUGUGUGUGCUUGCCUGUGUGUCCGUGUGUGUGUGUCAAUCGAAUCAGGCCUCUUCCUGUGCUUUCAGGUAAUUUCCUCAAUGAUUCCCAAUGAUGACUUUGGUGGAUUUGAACCUCUCAGGACCAAUAAACCGGGAUACUACGAGCCCAAGGUGGAUAGAGUGGAGGAAUCUCGCUACAUGCGUCUGCGUAACCCCUACAUGUCCCAAGCCCCUGGGCAGCUGACGGUGCCUGGGGGAGCCAUAGUGUUUCUUUUCAGUGAUACAGACAGAGAUGGACUGGCCAUGGUCAUACAUGAUGGACAGAAAGGACUUGUCCCCAUGACCCUGCUGGACCCAGUGGAUGUCAACAAGUCCAAAGGCAGAAAACAAACAAAAAGUAUUCCCAGUGGGAUCCCCCUCCCACCGGGGCUCAAGCCGCCCACUCGCCCACAGAGCCAGCUUAGCCACGAAGAACCUCCACAGGUGAGGCCUGAUAGAGAGGCAUCUCCACCCUCCUACCUACCAACCACCUCCACCCCGUCACCCAGGUACCCAUCCACGAUGGACAGUCCUACUGAGCUGACCGAGGACCCUCUGGCCAACUGUACCAUUCUCUACCAGAUGGUGGCACUGUGUGACUAUGCAGCUGAGGGACCAGAGGAUUUGGAGUUCAGCGAGGGAGACACUAUUGACAUUCUCAGUGAAGUCAAUGAAGAGUGGCUGGAAGGUCACUGUGCUGGUAACAUUGGCAUCUUCCCCAGCCUUUUUGCCUACCGGGAAGGAGAGGCCCCCUCAACCAUCGAUCGGAUGUUACUAUCAAACAAGGAAUAGGCUCAACUCUUGCUCACAGUUAACAACUUGAUACUUUAUUUAUCUAAUUCAAGUUAAAAUGAUGACGGCUGUCAACGGCCUUCAUCAGAAUCAGUACGGAGACGAUGCAGCAUGUCAUCUCUUGGUGUGCUUCUGUGGUUGUCUGAUGGAGGACUACAUCAUUGGGUUUGCUGCAUGCCUGACCAAGCCACUGACAUUUUCCAUCCACUCAGAGGGAAUAGAGUGGGCAUUCUGAGUAGCAUACUGGGUAGCAUACUGGGUAGCAUACUGGGUAGCAUACUGGGUAGCAUACUGGGUAGCAUUUGACCAACAGGACAAACUUAAAGUGUUUCACCUCUUCUACUUACUGUCAACUGCUGUGAAUGAAUGUGGACCACUGUUAUACUCUUAUAUGGUUGUUACUUCCUCCAUGAUCAUGUAAACCUGUUAAACUAAAGACGA